AUGUCUUUGUUACGCUAUGAUCCAGAAUUCUACGAGGAGGGAGCAGCCGCGAUGAACGCUCAAUUGCCUGUAUUUCCAGUGGGCGACGUGGAGAGCCGAAGAACCCGUAUCGAAGAAUUCAUCCGUGUAGCAGGUGGAUUACCGCCUCUUCCCGAAAAUGUGACGAAGCAAGUUCAUUAUGCUCAAGCACAGGAUGGAUAUCAGGUUCAGAUCUUACACGUUCAAAGGACGAAAGUGGCUUCGGCACCAGGGCCGGCUAUUGUCCACAUACAUGGUGGUGGAUAUACCUGCUCGAACGCUGGGGAUUACUCCCCAGUACUUGGAUCCUACGUGUCCGAAACCGGUGUUCCAAUGUUGUCGAUAAACUACCGUCUCGCCCCUGAACAUCGGUUUCCAGUUCCCUUGGAAGAUUGCUGGUCUGCGCUGAAAUGGAUUCAAGCUCAUGCUGCCGAGCUCAAGAUAGAUCCAAACCGUCUUGCCGUUAUGGGCGAAAGCGCCGGCGGUGGUCUGGCUGCGGCCAUCGCUAUCCUAGCAAGAGACAGAAAGAUGAAUCCUCCCUUGGCCAAGCAGAUCCUCAUAUACCCGAUGCUAGACGACCGAACAGUACAAGACCACACGGGAGGGCUCGCUGUGUUCGGUAUUGAAGAUGUACUCACUGGGUGGGCUGCCUACCUGGGUGAUACAUAUAGCACCGAUAAAGUAACUCCUUAUGCGGCACCAGGACGAUUACAAGAUGUCACAGGUCUCCCACCCCUAUACUUGGAUUGCGGUGGCUUAGACAUGUUUGCUCGCGAGAAUAUUUCCUACGCGACUCGAUUUCUAGAGGCUAAUAUACCUCUCGAUCUGCAUAUAUAUGAGGGUGUGCCGCAUGCCUUCCAACGGUUUGCACCACGCUCCCAGGUUACCAUCAAGAUGAGAUCCUAUGAUUCUUCGGUAGCCGUACCAUUUUCAGAGCCUCCCUGGCUCACAGGCCUACCAUCCCCUUACUACAAUGAUUCGCAUAGGAAAUGGCAAAAAGCAUGUCGCGAGUUCAUAUCAGAGCAUCUUACCCCUUAUGCACUCGAAUGGGAGACGCAGGGAAACGUGCCCGAAUAUGUCUUUGAGCUCUUCUCAAAGCACAAUAUGCUGAUUCCAAACCUCCCUGCUCCGUUACCCAUCGACAUGCUUAAAAGCCUAGGGAUCGUGGAGUUACUUGGUGGGCUGAGGAUCGAAGAUUUCGAUUACAUGCAUUUCUCCAUUUACAUCAGUGAGAUGCGGAAGGUAGGCAUUGGCGGGCCAACAUCGUCACUGUCCACGGGAAUGGCGUACGGUAUGCCGCCCAUUAUCACCUAUGGCAGUCAGGAACUACAGAGACGCUUGCUGCCGGAUCUUAUCCUGGGAAAGAAGAGGAUUUGUAUUGCGAUAACAGAGCCUGAUGCAGGCAGUGAUGUUGCCAAUAUUACCACCACAGCGAAAAAAACAUCAUGUGGCAAGUUUUAUAUCGUCAAUGGCCAGAAGAAAUGGAUCACAAAUGGCGUCUGGUCCCACUAUGCCACCAUGGCUGUUCGAACAGGGCGUUCAGGAGCAGCUGGAAUCUCCCUUCUUGUAGUGCCUCUUUUAGACCAACCCGGCGUUGAUCUUCGUCGGAUGAAGACUUCUGGAGGAACCGCAAGUGGGACAACAUUUAUCGAUUUAGAGGACGUGAGGGUCCCGGUUGAGAACCUUGUUGGCCUGGAAGGUCAAGGCAUGAAAAUGAUUACUCGGAAUUUCAACCAUGAGAGAUUAGCCAUCGUCAUUGGCAUCGUUUCUUCAGCCAGAGCAGCCUUAUCAGCGGCGUUUAGCUACGUAUCAAAGCGUGAGGCAUUUGGAAGUCCCCUUAUGGAGCAGCCCGUUGUUCGAAAUCGCCUCGCGAGGGCGGGAGCUGAGCUGGAGUCUCUAUCUGCAUGGGCUGAUCAAUUAGUCUAUCAAAUGGCGAAUCUCGAGGGCCAAGAAGCACGCCAGCAACUGGGAGGUUUUGUAGCUCUCGCAAAAGCAAAGGCGGGCCUCGUUCUUGACGAGUGUGCGAGGUGCGCUGUCCUGUUGUUUGGAGGUAACGGAUAUACUCGCACAGGUCAGGGCGAGCUUGUGGAGAAGAUAUAUCGUGAGAUUCCCGGGGCACGUAUCCCUGGUGGCAGUGAAGAUGUCAUGUUUGACUUAGCUGUACGCCAGCUGCUCAAGACCUAUCAUGUCAAGUCGGAGGCCCUGAAAAUGGACAAGGCAAAAAUUUGA